AUGACAUCUCCCGACACUCCCAUCAACAUUGACAUGGAGCCCAUUUUGCCGUGCACAGAGGUUGCACCGAUGGCCGCGAACAGAGUGCAGUUACUCCCAGAGCUCAUCCUGCAGAUUGUAGACUGCGUUGUGCCACCAAACAACAACAUCAUCCUGCCACCGUCCCACAUCGCCACAAAGACCCUGGUUGCGCUGAGCACGACGAGUCACGCCACCUACAAGCCGGCACAGAAGCUGCUGCGGCAGCGUUGCCUCUUCCUGGACAGCCGCCGGCGCGCCGCGUCCUUCCUCCAGUGCCUGCAGGCCGGCGCCAACGACACCACGCUUCCCCAAGACGUGCGCCUGGCGGCCGCACAAUGCGCGCCGGCCAUGUUCCUGGCGCCGUUUGACCGGUCGCAGCUCGACGCGGCGACGGCACGGCUGGUGCGCUCGCUCCUCUACGCAGCCGGCGGCUCGCUGCGGCGGCUCGUGGUGCGCAUGCCCUUUCGCCGCCCGGCUGCCGACCACCAAGACCAGGGCGUGCGGCAGAUCCUGCAGGAAGGGUUCGCGCAGCUGGCGGCGCUUGAGGAGUUUGUCGGCCUCGAUGAGUACCCGGACCUGAACCUGGGGGCGGGGCGGCACAUGUGGAACGCGUGGCCGGCGCUGCGGCGGCUGGCGGUGCUUGGCGCCAAUGUCGACGAGGAGGCGCUCUGGGCGGGUCUCGCACGCUGCCCGCGGCUGGUAGAGGUGGUGCUGGCGCGGCCGCGCAGUGUCGGCAUGCUGGACAUGAAGCGGGCGUACUUUGCGGCGGCGGGGACGGAGGCGCGGGACAGCGGGGUCGAGGUGGACGAGCGGAGGAAGAUCAGGGUCAUGCUGAUGGACGUUUCGUAUGACGUACUGGACAUUCAGACGCACGGGUGGACGGCGUGCGACCCGGAGGGACACAUGACGGUCGAGGUGUACGCGGUCCCGGUGUCGUAUUACGGGGACGAGACGGAGCAGGAGACGGUGACGGCGUGGCUGGAUCGGGGCGUAUGGAGCGGGCAGAUUUGGGAGUGGCGAGGCGAGGUGGUGAGAUGA